GUGGGGAAGGGAAGCGACGGCAGACCGAUCGGAAAUGGUGGUCGUGGGGACUGUGGUGGCAAGCGGACCGGAGGUCACGUGGGUUCGAGUUCCGGUUCCGACAGAGACUGGAAGUAACCCGUUUGGCUGUUGAUGUUUUGGGUUUUCUCCCGGCUGUCAAUUCGAUCGUCAGACAAAAAAAAGCCGAGAGGUGAAAUAACCAGCUAUGGCAACAACUGAUCUGUUGGUGGAUUUACAAGAUGAUCUGGUGUCAGAUGAUACUUCCAAGACACUUGGACGACUCAAGCUGUCUCCACUGGAUGAAAAGGCCUGGCCUACAGAGUGUGAUGACGAGUUACAGUCAGUUUCAGAGCAACCUUCUGCAAGGAAGGAUGGCAAAGAGAGGCAGUUGCUGUAUUCAGCAGACGAUGAGACCUUGCCUGAAAUUGUUGAUCCUCCCCCUGAUCUGAAGUGGGACGAUCCAUACUAUGAUAUUGCAAGACGCCAAAUAGUGGAGGUAGCAGGAGAUGAUAACUUUGGCAGGAAGGUGAUAGUGGUCAGUGCCUGUCGGAUGCCUCCCAGUCACCAGUUGGACCACACCCAACUGCUUAAAUACCUGAAGCACACGCUGGACAAGUAUGUAGAAAGUGACUACUCAGUUGUGUACUUUCACUAUGGACUCAACAGUCAGAAUAAACCUUCGUUUGCUUGGUUACUGGAAGCCUACAAGGAGUUUGACAGAAAAUACAAGAAGAACAUAAAGGCUCUGUACAUCGUCCACCCUACCAGGUUCAUCAAAGCACUCUUGGUUGUCUUUAAACCAAUAAUCAGCAUGAAGUUUGGACGGAAAAUCUUGUAUGUGAAUCAUUUAAGUGAACUUGAACAGUACCUGAAGUGUGAGCGAAUGGUGAUUCCACAGUGUGUGAAAAGAUAUGAUGAGCGUAUUCAGGCAGCACAGAAACUCAAGCCACAAGAACCAAAAAAGCAGUUACCUCAUCAACAGUUUGGGAUCUCACUUCAAGAGCUCAGAGAAAAGGACCCUGAACAUAAGGCCAUGCCACUAGUCAUGGAACAGACCUCCACUUACAUCAAAAAACAUGGUCUGAACAAGGAAGGGAUAUUCCGUAGGUCGGCUAACGUGUUCCUAGUAAAGGAAGUACUGGAGAAGUACAAUAAUGGAGUUCCUGUAGAUUUUGAAACCUACAAUGAUGUUCAUCUGGCAGCAGUCAUAUUGAAGACUUUUCUUCGUGAAUUGCCUGAGCCUCUGCUGACUUACAACCUAUAUAACAAAGUGGUCUCAUUGGGAAAAGUGCAGGAAAAUAAACAGAUAGAAACGAUUGCUGAGAUGAUUAAAUUUCUCCCCGAGGAUAACUAUACUGUGCUACGUUACUUGGUAGAGUUCCUGGGAGAGAUUGCUGACUACAGUGACCUGAAUAAAAUGACUGCAUCCAACUUGGCUCUGGUGUUUGGACCUGCUCUCUUAUGGGCAAAGGAUGCUGCAAUUUCACUCAAUGCCAUCAACCCCAUUAAUAACUUCACUCAGUUACUCUUCGAAAAUUAUACUGAAAUCUUUCCAGCCAAAUAAGAUAAAGCUUUACCAUUUUAAACCACAGCUGGAGUCGAGUCAGAUUGCCCUUCAGUUUUUAAAUGUUCAUGGCAAUGCACGUUGUGUGGCAACACACAGAAGAAAGGCUAUCAAAUUAGUUGGUGCACCCUUUGAGUUAGGGGUAUGAUUAGCACCUCAUAACACUGCUUGGUCUGUGUAGUGGCUCUGUAUGGUUACACAAGUAUCCAGGAUGGGGCUUUAAUCAUUUUGAGUCUGGGGCUGGAAUCCAUGACUCUUAAUUUGUAGACUUGAUAAUUAUUAUAAUGGGAAUGAUAUUGGAGAACAUUUUUGGUUUAAAUUCUGAAAUUUCCUGCUCUAUCCUUGUGCUGUUAGUGCACAGAGAUCAAUCAUUCAAUCAAUUUAAAUGUACAAUUUUGGCAAAUAAUGCAAGAUUUACAAAAAUUACUGGGAUGUUUCUACAAUGAAUACAUUUUUGAUUUCAUUUUCAAACAAGUGAUUUUUUGCAAAGGUGUUCUGUUUUGUGGUGUUGUGUACAACUUUUCAAAAUUAAAAUUUUUGUACCUUUUUUCAUGGAUUCUCUGCCGAUCCAAAUGAGCUGAAGGGGAGUGAGCGGGGCAUAUAUUUCAUUCAUGUAACUAGUAAUUACAAGUUGUGAAUUCCUUCUGAAGAAAUAGAAUGUCAAGAUAGUGUUUGGGUAAUCAGAUUUGAAAGUUUUACUGUUUAAGUUUCAUUUUUAAAAAAUGUAAAGAAUUCAUUGUUUAAAGAGGGAGCUUUUUUGCUGUUGUGUCAGUGACAUUGUCAUGCAAUGGAUGUUGAACUGAUAACCACGUCAAUGCUGUGGUUAUCUUGGGAUGCUUCAGGUCGUCAUUCUCUUUGAAGUCAGCAAAUUUUGUUGUCAGAUCUGUGGGGAUUCUGCAUUAUAAGAGUAGCCUAAGGAAGCACAGAAUGCCCAACUGCCAUUCUAUUGUUAACUUCUCUCCUGACACUCUAUGAUCAAAUAUAGAGCGGUACAUAAUUCAUUUUGUUCAAAUGGAUGCAAUCUGGUGAUAACCUGAGUUCUCAGCAUUCAAUGUUUAAAACUAGAAAACUGAAGGUAGUAAACAAAUUAUCAGCAGUAAGCAUGCAUCUUUAUAUAUUUUUCACUUAGUGGAUUUUGAAGUGUAUCAUUUAGUAAAGUAUGUUUUUCCCUCCCCUUCUUUUCUUAAGUUCAAAGUCUGUUAGCCAACAUUUGAUCAGAAUUUGGCAUCUUCUAUCUACCAUGAAGACUGUGUAGUUUUUUUAAAAUGUUUUGGGAAGCAAGGUGUACUGUUUAGAUUUCAGGUUAUGAGGCAAGAUAAACUUUAGAAACAUUUUAAUGCUGGUACAUAAGGAAAGGAUUGAAAUAGGCAAGUUUUAAACAACUUUGUUCCUUUUGUGUUAUAGAGGGAAACCUGAACCGAACCUUUUGAUUAAUUUAUUGUAAACUCCCUAGUAUGAGGUUUGUGUCACUUAUUAAAUGCAGUCCUUCUGUCUGAGGUGGGGUUUGAUGGAUGUUGCUGAAAUGUUUGUUUUAUAUGUCUUGGUUAACCAGUGCCAUAAAUAAGGAAUCCAUUGAUCUCAGCAAAGGUACCCACAUCCACUGAAUUUGAGUGGACCUUUUUUGCAUUGGGUAUUAAACUGAGGUAGGCAUCCCAGCUAAGAUCGCUCAAUCCUCAUUGAUAUCCAUGUGCUUUUUCUAGCAGUAAAAUUGGAUAGGGAGCAGGACUAAGAAGCCUGGCUGUUCUUGCUUUCUCCUAGGAGUACUGAAGUUAAACAUAACAUCACAGAAACAGGCCGUUGCCCCACCAUGUCAAUGAAUGCUAAACUACACUUAAUCCCAUUUAUCUAUAGCCUCCUACACCUGGCCUUUUAAGUACUCAUCCAACAGUGUCUCAAACAUUGAGAGUAUCUGGCUCUAUCACCCUCUGGUGAAGUUUAUUUUAGCUAUAGUGAACCAUGGACGUUGAGCAUUAGGCAUAGAUAAAUUUCAUGUUUAAAUCAUUGCAGUGCAUUGAUGUUCUUGGAUUAAGUUCCAAUUAGUCUUAAUCUUUCAACAUUUCAGAAUUGACAGGAGUGGAAUAUUCUGCUUUCUAAAAUGUGUGAUGUUUCCAGGGUCACUUUGACAGGAAUCUACUGAUUCUGUUGAUUGUUAUUCCACAGCAAAGCAACACUACUAUCACUGAGUACCUGGGGCUGGGCCCUCAGAUUUGUGUAAUUUUGUCAUCCUUAUAUUUCAAAACAGAGGCAAAAGGGGCCACACGUUCCUGUUCACUUCAGAAAGUCAUUAACAAUCACACAUAUGGCUCACACCAUGCAGUUAAUGAAGUCUGCUCCCUUUGUCCUGGAGUGGAGUGAUCAGUAUCCUCCCACGUUGAACUUAGCUGUGCAGGUUUUUUGUGAAGAAGCAUCAUGUCUGAUGGUCUGUAUCACCCCCUGGGCAAAGUUCAUUAACAAGAAAUCCAACCUUUAAAUCAAAAUGUACAAGCAUCUGUGUAUGAAAAUGAUUGGGUGCCAAUAUUGUGAAAUCCACCAUAAUAUUAAAGGGAAAAACUGUGGUGAUAAGAUAUUCUGCCGGAGGUGCCUUUUAUACAAUGAACAUACCAAACUCCUACUUAAAGGGAUACUCUGACUGGGAGGGAGCAAGUUACAAAACAGUAACCCAAAUUUCACAUGAUGCACAAAACUCUCAAAAGAUCACAAAUAUAUGGUUUUUAACAGCAGGUUUAUGAAGUCUGUACAUAAUAAUACAUUUAUUUAAAAACCCCAAAGUGUUAAGCAACAGACUAUUGAAUAUAUUAUAGAGUCAUACAGCACAGAAACAGACCCUUCAGUCCAAUUUGUCCAUGCCAACCAAGUUGCCAAACUCCCACUUGCCUGUGUUUGGCCCAUAUCCCUGCAAACCUUUCCUAUUCACGUACUUAUCCAAAAUGUCUUUUAAAUCUUGUAACUGUACUUGCAUCCACCACUUCCUCCAGCAGUUCAUUCCACAGACGAACUGCUCUGUUAAAAAAAAAAUGUUCUUUUUAAAACUUUAUCCAAUCAGCUUAUAAAUAUGCUCCUCGUGAUUUUAUAGACCUCUGUAAUGUCACCACCCCAACCUCCUAUGAAAGAAGCGUCAGCCUAUUUUUAAAACAAACCCUCCAUUCCUAGCAACAGCCUUGGUAAAAUCUUUUCUGAACCCUCUCCAAUGUAGUAUCAUAUUUCCCAUAGCAGAGUGACCAGAACUGCUCACCAACAAAAGAUCUGAGCAAUGAAGGCAAGUGUGCUAAACACUUUAACUAUCCUGCCUACCUGUGAUGCAAAUUUCAAAGAAUUAUAAACCUGAACCCCCAGGUCUCUCUAGAAUUUUGCUUUUUUCACUGCAAGAUGGUUGCCUUAUUUUCAGAUUUAUAUGGAAUGAGUAAACAAAUUGCAUACAUCUUGUACCACUCCUUCUUUGAUUUUUGAGCCUUUAAAAAUCUAUACCAUGUUUGAGACAUGAAGCAACAAGAAAGAAUUAGUUAAUGUAAUACAUAAACUAAUAAACCAAUGAAUUUCAACUAUUUUAGGAUUCCUUUAAACAUCACCUGCUAAAGCUUUGUUCUUUCAGCUAUUUCUAAAAUCCUGUUGUUUUUUUUUUUUAAAUUUUUCACCUCAGUUUCUGUGGUGUAGAGACAAAUUUUACUGAUUGAAACAUUUUUUUAAACUUGCGACACUAGACUAGAAUUUUUUUAAUCUGAUUUUUAAUGUGCCAACUAUUAAACCACACUAUUUCUCUGUACUGUCAAAUGAGUUUCAUUCUACCUCAGUAUUAUCCAUCUUCUAUUUGGGUGAUUUUUUUCUAUUCUAAAAUUAAUGUUUUUCCUGUUGAAAGAAAGCCUUUUUACCAUAGGGUUCGAUAAGCAUUUCAUUUUAUUACCAACUAAACCAAGAAUAAAAGUUAGAAAAUGCAAGGACUGUAACCUUAUCUUCAGGUUCAUUUUUUCACUUGUGAGCUCUAAGAUUUUGAUAUGUGGAUCAUAUGUGUAAGCAAUUGCUAAGAGAAACAUUCCUUAUCCUUCUGGACACAUUCAUAGACGUAUCUACUUUAAAAUUUGAAAGUGUGAGAAAUGUAUAGAAUCACAUGUAAUAUGUUUAAUUGUAUCGGAAGCUUUUUGGGACAAAGGGUGAUGUAUAAAUUCUUCUGGGCUUUUUUCCUUCUUUCUGGAUAAACCCCUGGUUUACUCUGAAAAUCUUUAUUCCAAUGCCAACAGAGUUGCUUAACCUAUUCAUCAUUUUCCUUCAACCCUGCUCUGAUGUCCAGAAUUGGCUGGUAUACUAUAGUUCUGAAACGAAGUCUAUAAAAAUGCGUAUGUCAAGUAAUCUGUGACUGCCUUCCAGUGUUGCUGACCAGCACUGUUUUCUCUAGGCUGCUUCCCCAGACAAUCAAUGUUAGAAUAAUUUUAGAAACCUGGCUGUUUUCCAUUCUGGUUUUGUGAUUUUAUAACAUAACUUUCCCAUAUAUAGGGAUAAACAUAGCAGCAGCUUGUAAAAAAUGAGAAUUUCUAAGAGUGCAUGUCUUUUUAUGGUCAGUCAAUAAGAUGAAAGCAGUCUUAAUUUUCUGAUACAGGCCUGUAGUAAUAGUGUUGUGGAAGGGAAAGGAUGAAGAGAGAACUUUUUAAGUGCUUUUCCAAACAGUACCUAUUCAUCACCUGACCAGGUUAAUUUUUGUUUUUGAUCAUUAGAGUUAAGAAAUAACAUUUCAAAUCAGACUAUUUAUUACAGAUGAAUGGCUGAUCACACAAGCAGCUGCAAGUAGAAUAGAGAAGUGCUUUGGACCCUUUACAGGGUACAUUGUGUUUAAUUGUGCCUUUACAAUAGCAGACUGGAAGAUAAAAUUCAAAAUUAGGGUGUUAGGGUGUUAGGACAAGGGUUCAGAAAGUAAACAAACUUACAGUUGUACAUGCCACAAAAUACAAUCCUAUUAUUUCAUGUUGAGCUACACUUUGUUCACCCACAUAAAGGGUUUACUGUAUGUUUUCUUAAUGUUGAAAUUUAUUGCCAGUCACUUGUUCACUACUUUAUGCUUUAAUAUAUGCAUUAAGCAGAUGAUAUUUAUACAUCUUGAUCUGUGACAUUGUGGAAGGUGACACUCCAUCUCAAUUUCUGGAGACCAGUCACAUGUGUUAUAAUUUGGUUUGUUUUAUAAUGUAGUGAUGAUCAAAGUGACUUUAAAAUAAAAUACAUACACGAAUUGUGUCAUA